CAAACGUUUGCGCCAAUCAAAAGCACAUGCGGGCGACCGUGAACUUGAACAUGAGUGUUGUAAAGAUGCACGACACAAGUCCUCUUAGCUAUAGUUAAUUAUCAAAAACAACAAUAAUGACUUAGGAUAACUUCCCAAAGCAGGACGGAUGAUGCACUUUGCCGACUUCCUUGCAGGAUCUAUUGGAGGAGCUUGUGGAGUGGCAGUCGGUUAUCCACUGGAUACUGUGAAAGUCAGAAUCCAGACUCAGAAACAGUUCACCGGAAUCUGGCAGUGUAUCGUAACAACCAUCAAAAGAGAAGGGCUCCAUGGCUUCUUUAAAGGGAUGGUCUUGCCGGUCACAACUAUAUCUAUGACUUCUUCUGUGGUGUUCGGCACGUACAGGAACUGUCUGCAGUGCUUCAGUCAGAUCCACGGGACUGGAGCUCCAAACACAAAGCUUGAUAUUUUCCUGGCUGGACUGGCAGGUGGCGUGGCACAGAUUUCUGUCAUGUCACCCGGUGACAUCGUAAAAGUGCGUCUUCAGUGCCAGACGGAGUGCAAGAGGAGUGGAUUUAAUACUCCUAAACCCAAAUACAGCGGUCCGAUCCACUGCCUGCUGACCAUUGCCAAGGAGGAGGGAAUUUUAGGGCUUUAUAAAGGAGCACUUCCUCUGGCGUUCAGGGAUGGCCCGUCAUUCGCCACAUACUUCCUAACGUACAACACACUGUGUUCAAAACUAACGCCACCAGAACAGAAAGAGCCAGGACAUGUGUGGCAGGCGUUCAGCAGGCAGGCGCAGAUGCUUGGUUGGCUGCAGAUAAAUGACACCACACUGGGAGAGCUGCAGUUUGGCCGUCCUUCUGUGCCUACGACUGACUUCCUGUUCCUCUCGAGCCCCACCCCCUCCUCCCCCUCGUCUGACAGUGUGAGUUCAGCUGAGGAUGCGGUGGAGAGAAGAGACCUGGAUCAGACCGGAUCCGCAUGUGUGCAGCACUCAGGACACAUACCUGGAGAAACAGCUUUAACAUAUAUCAUCUAUAUUUUCAGUUUGGGUGAAAUGUUCAUGUCAAAAUGUACAAACGCAGCCGGGAUUGUAUUCCCAAGGACACCUUCUUUUCCAUGUUUUCUUCCGUCCAUUCAUUAUUAUUGAUAUUUUAGAGAUUGUGUGUGCUGUCAGGUCGUUCACCUGAAAUGCCUUUGCUGAAAAUGGGAAAAACAGUGACCCACACGCUUUACUGGGGUCAAGGUUAGGUUUGCAUUUUCAUUUGAAUGUUUAAGCCUUUUUCACCGGGGACAAAUAAGGACACGACUCAUACUGCAGAUCCUCACCAUUAUUAACCUGAACAUCAGCCAAGAUACGUGACUGAGGUCAUGAACUUAUAAACAAAACUCACAUUUAGUCAUUCUGUAAUGAGCCUUGUGUUUGCUUAUGUUGUGAUUUGGACAAAGGGUCAUAAAGAUACUUUUAGCAUUUUAAAAUACUUUCUUAUCUUUCAGAAAAGGAGUUUGAAGUGGAAAAAAUAAGCCCUGAUAUAAUCUGUCAUUAUCAACCAAUUCAGAAAAUAUGCUAAUAUUUACUUUAUUAACACUAGUAAAAAGAAAAUAAUAAAUGUGUCUUUUACACUUAAAAACAACAACAUUUUAGCCUAUUUUAAAAAAUGUAUACAUUUUAAUUUCAAUCAAAAAAUCCAUCAAAUUAUAAUGUGCAAUUUUUAACAAAAUUAAAUUAAUACAAAUUAAAAUAUUUAGUUUUUUAUUGUAUUUUAUUCGGUUAAAGAUUACUCCAUUUAAUUUUAUUGAAUUGUUUUUAAUUAAAAUGCAUAAAUAUCCUAAAAUAUAUAUUAAAAUGUUUAUUUCUCAUUGUCUUUAAUAAACCUAUAUGCAAAUAUACAUAUUUAUAAUAUAUAUUUAAUAUGCACUGCAAAGCACUUUCAAUUUCCACUGUGUAUGAAUUAUGCUACAGUAUAUAAAUAAACUUGCCUUUUUUGUGAUUUGGACAAAAUAAUAAUAAAAAAACAAAAAGAUACCUUUAGCAUUAAAAUACUUUCAUAACUUUCUGAAAAGGAGUUUAACUUUUGAAUGGGAAAAAAAUAAGCCCUGAUAUAAUCUGUCAUUAUAAACCAAUUCAGAAAAUAUGCUAAUAUUUACUUUUUUAAAACUUGUAAAAAUAAAAGAAAUGUGUCUUUCACAUAACAUAUAUAUAUAUAUAUUAGCCUAUUUUAAAAAUUUAAACAUUUUAAUUUCAAUAAAAAAUUCCAUGAAAUUGAACAGUGCAAUUUUUAACUAAAUGAAAUUAUUAUUAUUAAUAAUAAUAAUAAUAAUAAUAAUUUUUUAAAGAUUACUCCAUUUAAUUUAAUGCAUUUGUUUUUAUUAAAUUGCAUAAAUCUUAAAAUUAUUUUUUAAAGGUUAUUUCCUAUUGUCUUUAAUAAACUUAUAUGUAAAAUAUUUAUAUGUAAAUAUACAUAUUUAUAAUAUAUAUUUAAUAUGCACUGUAAAGCACUUUGGAUUUCCAAUGUGUAUGAAAUAUGCUAUAUAAAUAAACUUGCUUUAAAUCUCACCAAAAACAUCUCCAGAUUAUAUUUCACCCCAAAAUAAAAAAAACAAACAAAAAAGAUGUAAACACGUUCUAUUUUGCAUAAAGAAGAUGAAGCCUAUUUUAAGGACAAUUAAGAUGUUUUGCCUUGUGUUAUUAUUUUCAUGACAAUUAAACACAUCUAAAAAAAAAAAAUCUAAUUAUUGCAUACAAA